AUGUCUAACACAAAUUCUUCGGGCGUUAGUUACCAAACGGCAUGGAACAAGGCUCUCGAACGGCUUUCACAACUUCCACCCGCACAACAAAAGAUAUUCGAUUACUUGAGUCCGGAAGAGAAAGCUCUUUUUAGAGCAACUGUCAAUCCUUCUGAAGUUCUCCGAUUGUUGAAGAAACUCGAAGACUCGCAACGCGGGAUAAAGAGAAUGAUCAACUUCAACCAAACCGUUUUAAAGCCAUUCGCACAGUUUCAAACUACUAUUGAAGCGGUUGUCAAUGCAAGCUCGGGCCUUGGAGGCCCUAUUUGGGCGCCGAUAAAGAUUAUUCUUCAGGUCUUGAUGUCCGCUUCAGGAGAGUUCGAGAAAAUAUCGGGAUUUCUCCAAGAUACACUGGAGCAACUGUCCCGGUUCGCCGCCUAUGAGAAACAUUUUCAAUCCUCCACCCGCGAGGCGCUAGAUCUGGUGCACGAUGCAUUGACACACUUCUAUGUUGAUGUAAUUGAUCUAACGCUUGUGGUGACAAAACAAUUCCGUGCCGGUUUCAUAAAAAUGUUGCUUAGAAGAGCAGUGAAGACUUUCGACUCGGAUUUUGAAGAGAUACUGUCCAGUAUGAAGCGCCAUGUUGAGGCAAUCGAUCCGAUGGCAAACUUGGGUGGAAUUAUUGAAGCCAGGAAUUACCACAACAUGGAACAAUUCUCAGCCGUUACCAAAUGGCUCUUCUGUACCAAUCCGCAACUUCAGCAAGAGAAAAACCAGGAAAAGCACCUCCAAAAGACGUGCGACUGGUUCUUCGAAACUCCGGAGUUCUGUACGUGGUUUGAGUCAAAAUAUUCUAGCCGAAUCUGUAUACAAGGAAUUCCAGGCUCCGGUAAAUCCAUGUUAUCCUCAGUCGUCAUCGAUCGUUUAAAGGGUCAAGCCCUCCCAGAAGAAUCAAUAAUCUACUUUUUUUGCAAGGAAAACGAUGCCGACAGAGAUAAUCCAUUAUCAGUAUUGCGAACCUUUGUUUUUCAACUUCUUAACCACCCAGUGCACAAACCUCAACUUAUUCCUAUCGUUCAUAAAGUCUUCGAGAGAAGUGGCACACCAUCUGCAGAUUCUAUCGUUGAACUCUGGGCUUUAUUAAAGGAAAUCCUUAAUAUCCUUCCGCCUGUCUAUUGUGUUAUCGAUGCGCUUGACGAGUGCAACAACAAAGACGAGCAGAUGGCGAGAUUCCUUACACAACUCACAGAACGCUCAAGAUCAGAGCCUACAGUCCUGAAAAUAUUCGCAACUUCACGUUUGAACGAAUCACAUAUAACAGAAACCGCGAUAAAAGAACAUUGGUCUUGGUUUUUGAUUGAAGAGGAUAACGUAAAGAGAGAUAUUGAUGCUUUUAUAUCGAAACGAAUUGACGAAUCAAAAACCCUUCAAGAUGAUAGCCGCCGGGUAAAGGUCCACUCGAGAAUUUCGCAAGGAGCCGGAGGGAUGAUUCUUUGGGCAAAAUUGAUGCUGGAUGAACUUUCCGAAGCUGAGCCCUGGGACGUUGACAACCUUCUAGACAAAAUGCCGGAUAGACUAUCAGACGUUUACGAGCUCAUGCUCAAGCGUCGGAUGUCUCCCGCCCCCUCCAGAGCGAAAUCAUUUGAUCGAUGUCAAACAGUGCUACAUUGGAUUACCAUAGCACCCCGACCAUUCUUAUUAGAUGAACUUAUCCUGGCCCUAGCUGUGGCGGCGGGCCUCAAGUCUCAUGAAGAUUAUAACCCGGAGUUCAAAGAGAAAUCGGAGGAGCGUCUCCUAAAGGCUUGCGGUUCAUUGAUCGUUAUUCUCGGAGAUACUAGCGUGCAACUUGUACAUACAUCUUUAAGACAAUACUUCUUGAGCGGAGACAUCAAUACAUUGAGUCCACACAACUCUGCGAGCCCCCCACAAAAUAUCGAUCGAAUGCAAAUCCACAAAGACCUAGCCAAAACCUGCCUCCUAUACAACCAGUUUACCUGCUUCGAGAAAAGCAGCUAUAGCCCAUCCUUUGAUUUCACCAUCUACCCAUUCUUAGAAUAUUCAAGUAGCAAUUGGAUAUAUCAUGUCACGCAUAGCAAGCCCAACGAUGAUGAUUUGUUAGACGAGAUAGCACGAUUCUUCGAUUCAAAGCAAGCCUGGCGGUGGAUUGAACGGUGUGACCACUACAAUAUCACCGACGGCCAUCUUCUUGUAAUGCAAUCCAAACUUAGAGACUGGGCAGAAAUAUGUAAAACCUCAAAUCCACAGGUUGAUGUCAAUAUGAUGGGCGGUUUUAUUCUUGAUAUUAGCAAGAAGCAGUGCCACGACACUCAAUGGAGCAAUGAUACUGGAAUCGAAGCGUUGAAGGAAAUUAAUCGCGUUGCAAAUUUAUAUAAGGAACAAGGUCAUUACACGGAGGCACUGGAGUGGUAUGAGCGGGCGCUGGCCGGGCAGAAGAAAGCCCUCGGGGAAGAGCACCAGGACACGCUGAGGACAGUUGGUAACAUGGCAAAUGUCUAUUCAACCAAGGGGCGGUAUGAUGAGGCCCUGGAGUGGUAUGAGCGGGCGCUGGCCGGGCAGAAGAAAGCCCUCGGGGAAGAGCACCAGGACACGCUGAGGACAGUUGGUAACAUGGCAAAUGUCUAUUAUGAGCAGGGCCGGUAUGAUGAGGCCCUGGAGUGGUAUGAGCGGGCGCUGGCCGGGCAGAAGAAAGCCCUCGGGGAAGAGCACCCUGAGACGCUGGGAACGAUCCAUAAUAAUGCGUCUGUCUAUUCAACCAAGGGGCGGUAUGAUGAGGCCCUGGAGUGGUGUGAGCGGGCGCUAGCCGGGAGAAAGAAGGUCCUCGGGGAAGAGCACCCUGAGACGCUGAGAACGAUCUAUAACAUUGCGGGUGUCUAUUGUAACCAGGGCCGGUAUGAUGAGGCCCGAGAGUGGUAUGAGCGGGCGCUGGCCGGGAGGAAGAAAGCCCUCGGGGAAGAGCACCCUGACACGCUGGACACGAUCCACUUGAUUGAAGAAACUCGGAAGCGUUUGGCUAGUAGCACAGAGUAA